GCUCUUCAUCCCUCCCAUCUCUUCCAGCGCUCUCGUACUGCCUCUGACGAGACGCCCUAGCUAUGAUGAGCACGACGAAUGGAUCAAUCAUCGAUGAAGGACAUGCUAACGCAGAGCCCGUACCCAUGUCUCGGAUGACGACUUUGGACGCCUCACAUCCCGCCUCGGACGAUACAAGGCUGAAUACCGCGGUAGCCAGCGAGGAGAAAAAGGAGAAUGUUGAGGGACCGAUAAGGGAAGUUGGGGGCAAGUUUGACUUCUUCGUCGUACCUAUACCGCCUAGGUUGAGAUACGAUUCGGAGAAACCGGCGCACUUUGGCCUGUUGCUGAACGCGGUCUUUGGUUUUGCGAGUACUUUCAUUGUUGCGAACUUGUACUACUGUCAACCGUUAUUGAGCUUAAUGAGAGUCAACGUUCAUAAUUCACAAUCACGUCCAUUUUCUGGCGAUCACCCUCUUCCACUCCAGUUAGCAGAUUCAUUCGAUGUGUCGUAUGACGAAGUCUCCAGAGUCCCCACACUCGUACAAGCAGGCUACGCAACAGGUCUUCUCCUGAUCUCCCCCCUCGGGGAUCUCGUUCGUCGUCGACCUCUCCUACUCCUGAUUAUCUUCCUCUCCACCACCCUCUCAAUCGGCCUCGCCAUCACGCGCUCCCUCGAAGUCUUCGAGGCCCUCUCCUUCCUCGUCGGCGCUUUCUCUGUCGCCCCUCAAAUCCUUAUUCCUCUCGCCGCCGACCUCGCCCCACCCCACCGCCGCGCCUCAGCAAUCUCCAUCGUCCUAGCCGGUCUUCUCCUCGGUAUCCUCAUCGCCCGAGUCAUCGCCGGUGUCAUAGCCGAGUUCGUCACCUGGCGGAUCGUGUACUACAUGGCCAUCGGUGUGCAGGCCCUCGUGCUGGCGAUGGUAUGGGCGACAUUGCCCGAUUAUCCGGCGAAGAAUAAGGACUUGCAUUAUUUCAGCAUCUUGUGGAGUAUGGCGAAGUUGGCGGUGACGGAGCCGAGGUUGAUUCAGGCGGGCUUCAUCAGUCUUGCAUCGAGUGCUUGUUUCGCGAAUUUCUGGGUCACUUUGACGUUCUUGCUUGGUGGACCUCCUUACAACUACUCGACGCUCGUCAUCGGUCUCUUUGGUCUCGUAGGCAUGCUCGGUGUCAUAACCUCUCCCUUCGUCGGACGGCUCGUCGAUCGCUUAGUUCCCUGGUACGCCACCCUAAUCGCCACCUUCGCCUGCCUCGUCAUGCAAGGCGUCAACACCGGCGGAGCAGGCCUAAACGUCGCCGUCCCCGUCAUCGUCUGUUUCGGACUUGACGUCGCCCGCCAAAUGCAACAGGUCUCGCUCACCACCGCCGUCUUCGCGAUCUCGGAGUCCGCGCGUUCGAGGCUGAACGCCGUCCUUAUUCUGUCGAUUUUCAUCGGGCAGGUUAUGGGGACUGCGGUGGGCACGAAGGUGUUCGUUGCGAAUGGGUGGAGGGCGGCGGCUGGACUUUCGCUUGGGUGGACGGGCUUCCAGUUGAUUGUGUUGUUUAUGAGGGGGCCGCAUGUGGAGAGGUAUACGUGGUUUGGGUAUGAGGGUGGGACGGAGUGGAGGAAGAAGGUUGUGAUGGAGAGGGAGAAGCAGAAGGCGGCGGCGGAACAGAAACAGGAUGUGGCGGUGGACAGUGGAGGGUCGAGGGAGAGCACGGAGAAGGAGCCAGUAACGAAAGUGGAGAAGACUGAGCCGUCGAGUAUGGUAUAGCUGCUCACACCCAAGCAUAUACCGUUUUUAUUGUGGAUGAUACGUUUAGACUUGUUGAUCACGGUGUUAUAAAAUAUACAUUCGACAUACGUGUUGGAGCGCU